AUGGCGAGAAUCAAAACCGCCGUGAAUGUCGAAAUCGGAUUGAAGCCAUACUCGACACCCAAGGACACAAAGUUCACGCCUCUCCACGAUGGCUCGCACUCGCAUCGUCUCUACGACGGGCGCCGGCACGACGGGUUGCUCGAUCUCCUGCAGGACAAGCUGAAAGCGAUGAAAGAAGCUUCUCGGACAAGCAAGAAGGAAGGUGAAGACGACAAUGAAAUAUUGCCUCUCCUCCGACUCGAGUCCUUUUUGAUGCCACAGCCGCCAGUACUCCUAGCACGCCAUCCCUCCAGUCUCAGCGGCAGCCCACCAAAGGGCGAGAAUGUCUCGCUCAAACAGCUCUAUGGAACGUACAAAGAGCAAAUUGGCCGGGGCUCCUCUGGCGUAGUCCGUGUUACCUUCCGUCCUCAUUCCAUCGACCAUCCGACUGGGGGCCAGCUGUUUGCUGUCAAGAAAUUCUCGCACCGCGAAAAGGAAACCACCAAGAAAUACAUGAAGCGUCUCGGUGCCGAAUUCUGCAUUUCGUCUAGCCUCCAUCAUAUCAAUGUUAUCCAAACUCUCGACCUCAUGAAAGAUGAUGGUGAUGGUGGAUUCUGUCAAAUCAUGGAAUACUGCUCUGGUGGCGAUGUUUAUACUCGCGUACGUUCCUUGGGUGGCGACGGGCUUUCCGCUGUGGAAGCGAACUGCUACUUCAAACAACUCCUGCGCGGGCUGGAAUAUCUCCACAAAACGGGUGUUGCCCAUAGAGACAUCAAACCGGAUAACCUUCUCCUGACACGCCGCGGGUGCUUGAAAAUCGCGGACUUUGGAAAUGCUGAAUGCAUUCGGUUACCUUGGGAAAAGCAGGUGAAACUGACUACUGGCUUAUGCGGCUCGUUCCCGUAUAUUAGCCCAGAACAGUAUACCGUAAUUGAAUACGGGAAGCCGAAAUCAUCGUAUUAUUUCGAUGCUCGUGCUGUAGAUGUAUGGGCAGCGGGCGUGGUGUAUAUGGAUAUGAGGACGGGCAAGCACGUCUGGCGGUACGCUGUCGUAGAUCGUGAUGCCCAGUAUGAGGAGUUUGUGCGAGAUAUGGAGGAAUAUGGCUGCUGGGAUCCUAUUGAGAUGCUGCAAGGGGCUGCCUGUCGACAGACCAUCUAUGCUAUGCUCGACAUUAACUGGAAGACCAGACCGAGUGUGUCGGAUAUCCUUAAAUCCGACUGGGUCAGUAGCGUACAUGUUUGUGCGGUGGGAGAAUCGGGUGACUCGAUGUAG